CUAACGUUACAGUCUGCAAAACAACAACACCGCAUCGCCAAUAGGAAGUAACAACGCUAGAGCUUCGUGUUCAAAUACAGUCAACGGAACAACAACAAAAACAAGCAGAGCGAUUUGCUGAACCUUUGUCAUCGGUCAUGAGGCACCCCCAACCCUGACCCACAAGGUCCAUUUUUGAAUGCGGUACUUCCAUAGGCAUCGGAGAAUUGGGAACCAGAGAGAAGGCCCUCCAUCCAUGAGCUUCUAUUUGACCUUGAGAUCCAACAGGAGACCUCCUAUCUGAAGGUGUGAGCGUGGGAGGUGAGAUGGAUUCAGAUGAGAGAGGAGGACGAACUUUGGUGCAGGUGAUCAGUGAGAAGUACAGCCCUGACAAUUUCCCAUACUGCCGUGGGUCAGGGGUUGGAGUAGUGAUCCGGUCGAGUCCUCAGGGUUCACCUGUCAAAGAUCGUCUUAAUCUGCCCAGAAUUCUGGUCCUGGAUGGUUGUGGAAUCACGCAGGCUGGAGAUGAGGAGGAGGUAGCCGCCUUCUGUUCUCACGUGGUUGAGCUGGACCUCUCUCACAACCAGCUGAACGACUGGGGAGAGAUAUGUAAGAUCCUGUCUAAUAUCCCUAACCUGGACUUUCUCAAUCUGAGUAUGAAUCCACUGAGAGGGUCGUAUCUGGAAGCUGGAGCAGCUGAAGUGUUCUCAGGCCUCCGCCGCCUCGUCCUCACUAACACACACGUCACCUGGAACAUGGUGCAUACGCUUACACGAGAGACCCCAGAACUGGAGGAAUUGUUUCUGUGUUUGAAUGAGUUUGAGAGUGUGAGCGUAUCGUCUGUACCGUGCCCAUCCCUGCGGCUGCUGCAUAUCACAGAUAACCAGCUGCAGGAGUGGGUGGAGGUCCGUAAACUCGGCCUCAUGUAUCCAGGCCUGGUCUCUCUCAUCCUGGCUAACAAUUCUCUUUCAUCGAUCCACGAACCUGAAGACUCCCCCCAGAGACUCUUUCCUAACCUGCGCAGCAUCAACCUGCACAACACAGGUCUGGCUCGCUGGGAAGACAUCUUGAAACUGAAUUUCUUCCCAAAGCUUCAGGAGGUCAGAGUUCAGGGAAUACCUCUACUACAGCCAUACACAGACCAUGAAAGACGCUUCCUCACGAUCGCACAGUUACCUAGCAUAACUGUAUUGAAUGGCAGUGUCGUCACCGAUGGAGAGAGAGAGGACGCAGAGCGAUUUUUCGUCCGCUACUAUCUGGACUGCCCUGAGGAUGAGCUUCCACAGAGGUACCAAACUUUGCUAGCACGCUACGGUCGCCUGGCCCCGCUCGCGGAGGUGGACCUGCGUCCUCUCAGCAGCGUCCAGGUGGAUUUGCGUUGCGGGGAUCACACAGACCCUCUGGACCUCAGACUGGACCAGACAGUGGCCGACCUAAAGAAGCAGUUGAAAGCCGUGGUUCAGCUUCCUCCGAACAAGAUGCGCGUGUACUACAUCGACCGACAGCUCGGCUAUGCAUUAGAGCCCCAGGAGCUGAAAUACGGAGGUAGAGCACUUCAUUCCUACAGCAUACGGGAUGGAGAUGAGAUCUUGGUGGUGCCGAAGAUGCAGUGACGGAACAACUGUUAGGAAAACAACAGCCAGUUGAGAUGUUUCUCCAUAGAGAGAGAAGGAGAGACAACAUGAACACUGUCUAAUAACACUGUGCAGUAGUGUUGUGGUUCAUAACAGAGGGAAACGGAUUUAAGAAGCUGAUCAGGUUUUCGAGCAUCUACAGUUGUGUUUGACAAGGUGCCAGUCCGCGAAAUGAGACGUCUAGAUGAAAACCUUUUCAGGUUAAUAGGUGUGAAUGUUACAAAAUGGUGUGGACUUUUAAAAACGUUUUUCUGUUUUCCUUUUUAUUCACAAUGUUUGUUUAGUUUUUGCCUGUUUAUGAGACUGCUUCUCAGGAAUUACCCGCAAUGCCAUACAGUCUCUGAUCUUUUUUUGGCAAUUAGAAAAUAAAAAAUAUCAACACCAAAGGUCACACAUGCUAUAUAAAAAUAUAAGCAUAGUAUAGUCUCACAAAAAGUCACAUUUUUUCCACCUUUUUGGCCCAUGUUUGCAAAUUUAGGUAGGUAUUCCCAGGCUUGAGUGUUUUAUCAAUAAACCAUACAUGCUAUAUGUACAGCUUUAAGCUCACAACCCUGCUGUCUAGAGUCCUGAAAUAAUUCUUUUAAAAACCCUUAACAAUGGACAUCUUGUAGAUAAAUAGCCAUCAGAGGGAUUGCGAAUUAUACGAAAGAGGAGUAAACGGAGAACAGGCACUGUAUUCGUUCUCUAUGUGAUCUGGAUGGCGGGCUGGCACAAGGGAUUGUGGGAUUGACAGCAAAGUGGAAAGAGUGUUAAAAAAUUGGGGAAAACAAAUGAAAACUUGUCGCAGCCAUUUAUUGUGAGUUAAUGACAUCCAUCCUCUUAAUGAAAAUGAAGUCAUAAUUUAUUCACCUUCCUGUCGAAGAUUCUAUUGAAUUCAUUGAUUUAAUGUCAUUGAAUUUAUAAUUUAUUCAGAUUUUAAGAGGUUUGCAUGGAUUUAUUGUGACCAAAUAUGUGCAUUUUGGACAUACAAAAAUAAAGUUUUUCUGAUAUAUAAUCAUGCAUAUGAUGAGUGUUAACCUUGUAUUUAAAACAAUCAUAAAUCACACUUGACCUCU